AUGCCGUCCACCGUACGCUGCGCUGCACUCCUUGCAGUGCCAGCCGUCUGCGGCCUCGUCGCGCCGCCGACGCGCCCGAGCCGCACACGGCUCCACAGCACCGUAACUCAAGACUUGGGAACGACCACGGCACCCUUACUAGACGACGCCGCCACCGCGCGCGCCGUCGCCGCAAUGCGUGAGGACGCGCGUACAAAGCCACUAUCAGACGACGAGCUGACCUGGUUCGCGCGCGACCGGCGGGGCGACGCCAGGGAGGCGGUCGAGAAGGUUGUACAGUAUCUAAGGUGGAGGAAGGACCGGGGCGGCUUAGGUGCUGACCGAGACGCGUUGAUGCGGCGCGCGGCCCCCGAGGCGCGACGACGAGUCGGCUACUUGGCAAGGGAGAAGGACGCGCUCAACCGCCCGACCGUGGUGGUAGUGGCACGCCGACAUGACGCGAUGAGGCGGGACCUCAAGGCGUCGCAAGCACUCUGCGUGGCCGUCCUCGAAGACGCCAUCGCCGAGGCCGUCAAGGAGGGCGGCGAGCAGGUUUUGGCGCUCGUGGACCUGCGGCAGGUGGGCCCGCAGAACGUCGACGUGCCUUUUUUACUGUGGCUCAUCAUGACGCUGCGGAGCUACUUCCCGAAGCGGCUUGGCCAGGUCGCUCUGGUGGAUCCGCCGCCGGUUCUCUUCGAGGCGGUGCGUUUGCAGCGUCCGACGCGUCCCUUCCCCGAUUGCGAGCGCCGAGUCGCGUCGACGGCGUAUGAGCUGCGCGAAACUCGCCUAUCGGUACGCCAUCGCCGCGACGCGUGAACACACAGGCCUGGAACCUGAUCAAGGGCGCGGUCGGGCGCCACGCGGACAUGGUACGCCUCGUGUCUUCCGCAGACGUGCGGAACGCGUACUUCGCGGGGAAGCGCGUGCCGCCGGACCUAAGGUGA